CCCUUCUCCUAAACUGUUGGGACAAGGAGGGGAGACCUUGAUUGCGGCAGAGAGACCCAUUAUAUAUCUGAAAGACAGAGAAAAAAAAUGCUAGUUAUACCGAAUUGGGGAACUACAACUUAGCUAGCAAAUAGUUACCGAAGGUAACAUAUAACUAACCAAUCAUUGGGACAACAAACCACAGUAUUAGAACAAGAGAUAAAGCUACACUGAUGAGCUUUAAUUCAUCGACAGUGAGAGAUCUUCUAUAUUUGGCAUUUGCACAAUGCUGUCGAUGAUUUGCAGGUUCUGUAGCCUGCGGCGUUGUCUAACUAUUGAAGGAAAUAUCUAUUUCGAGUGCCCAGGCGAGUUUGAAAUCUGUAGGCAACUUUUAAACGGAACAUAUGUACCAAGCUAGUAAGUUGGUCGCUGCUAAAAUGAGAAGACCAAAUUUAUGACUUUGAGAUGAGCAGAAAAUUCAAGUGUCCUCUAGAAGUGAGGAUAGUCGAUGGAUUUAAACCACAAUUCCACCAAGCACAUUGCAAACGGUUAUCACGAUACCCCGUAUAAAAAACAAAGAUUCAGUGGACUCAAAUAAAGAUACACAAGUAAUUGCACCAACAUUCUUGCUGUCAGGAUAUGUUUUGUUGGAGUAUGGCUUGCAGAUCUCGAACUAAAGGGCUUGAUCAAGCUUGGAUUUCCCCAUAGCCCAACCAACUAGUUAACUACCUAAUCACUUUCACUUAGAUGAAAAUGAAAUUUCUAUGUGUUUCUGUGGAAUUCUUAAGAUUUGACAUAUCAACAAGGUUGACCGUCAUACCAAACCACGGCAACUUGCGCCACGUCACCCAACAUAACUGCUCUGGGCUAGUAACACUCCCUUACCUUGAUUUGGCCAACUGCCUGCGCCUCCCUCUCCCAAUCCCGCCAGAUAAUGGCAUCACGAUACUUUCUGUCUCGAGUAUACUCCCCGUCUCCUUUCAUGGGAUUGUAAAUAGAGGAAGAAAUAAGCCUGAGAAUAAUACCUUGAGCGUUAUCGUGCUGGAUCGGAUUUGCGUUGAAGUUACCUCCUUGAACAUUGUCAGGAUUACUGGGAAUACUACAUUGAUACUCAUCCCUACAAAUGCAUGUUGAACGGAGGGUGACAAAGUCAGUCCGUGCCUAACUAGUUAGUUAAAUUGAGCCUAUGUCUGAUAGGCAAAUAGAAUUCCAAAGAACUAGCAACCUCGAAGUAUCAGCCCAGACAUUUGGACAUCGAACGAAUACCCUGUAUCAUAUAGACGAUAAUAUAGAGUAUCUGCACGCUUACAUGCUGACCUCAGAGAGCGUUAUUGUUAGUUACCAGAGGCAAAGAGAAGGAAAAUAAGAUCUAGUAGAUAUUCCCCUACAUUACCUUUAACCUGUGCUCUGGAGUUAAAUCCUCGAUACCAGGGUAAGGUAAGGUAUGAAUCAGGCCAACACUUCAAUCGCCACAGGUUAUCACCUGCAUGGUUUAAACAUAUCCUCUUUUUCAGACUUGCAUGAUGAUUAUGCUUCUUUGAGUUGUGAAAGUGUUCAGCAGUGGGUGGACCUAGGAAUAUGGAGAGGAAGAAGAAAAUUGAUGUGCUAACCGGGGAAUAUACAUAAACCCCAAGCCCGAUGUCACUGGGACCUAAAUAACUACUGCUUCCCACACUUCAGAGCUAUACUUCAAGUAAAUUGCCUGCACAUCGGGUAUUACUCCUAUUUGCAUACCGUUAUCCAUCCAUGUCUGAACAAAUAAUUGAACGAUUCCCGGUGUCGGCUGGGCCUGAUGCCAUUUUUGAAAGUUUCAAAAAGAAUGGAGUAGUUGUUAUUGAGAACUUCGCUAAGAAGGAUCAACUGGACCGAUUCACUGCCGAAAUCGACCCUGCCCUGCAGAAGCUAACGGCGGGAUAUGCCUCUCGCAUAGAUGGUGAUGAACCAGUAGAUGAAUUCUUUGGGAAGAAAACCAAACGCCUUGGCCAAUUAUCAACUGUUAGCUCUGUCUUCCGCCACGAGUUUUUGGAGCAUGACUUGAUGCAUUCUCUUUUGGAGCGAAACUUUAUCGAUUAUCCUCUAGCCGGAUAUUGGAUGAAUACAAGCGAUGUCAUCGAAAUUGGACCUGGAAGCAAGCCACAACCUAUCCACCGUGAUCUAGAGCUGUAUCAUCCAUUUGUUAUAGGAGGUCCCGCGAUGCCAGAGGCUAUAUGCAAUUUCAUGGUUGCUCUCACCCCAUUUACGGCGGAGAACGGAGCGACGGUGUUUGCCCCCGGGACCCAUCUUAACGAGAGCUUUGAGAGGCUCGAGGACGGAGGCCUGCCAGGUGGUGACAAGACUAUCUCAGCUGUCAUGAACCCAGGGGACUGCGCCUUUUUUUCAGGAAAGGUCAUUCAUGGCGGUGGCACCAACAGUACAACUGAUGAGUUCCGGCGUGGUUUGUCCAUGAGUUUUAUUCGAAAAAUAUUGUCGCCAGAGCAAGCACACCCGCUUUCAAUUUCCCGUGAGAUUGUCGAGACCAUGUCAUACCGAGGCCAGGCAAUGCUUGGAUUCCGAAGCAACUGGCCUGCAAUUGGAGAUGAGCCAGCUAUCAUCUGGUCCUAUCAAGGGUCGGAUAUUGGAAAGAAGCUGGGGUUGGGAGACAAGAACUAA